CACGAGUGAAACUGAACUAUCUAAGGAAAACAUUGUGAGCAAACACCCGAAGCCAAGGCAAACUGUCUGAUUAGCCGCGCUCCCCUCGGGCGCGCCGGGCGCACACCUUGGCGGCUGCAGGGCGGCUGAGGCCAUGUCCACCACCGCGUACCAAGUGGUGGGCUUCCUCCUGGCCGCCCUGGGGCUGGCGGGCUGCAUCGCCGCCACGGGCAUGGACACGUGGAGCACCCAGGACCUGUACGACAACCCUGUCACCUCCGUGUUCCAGUACGAAGGGCUCUGGAGGAGCUGCGUGAGGCAGAGCUCCGGGUUCACCGAGUGCCGGCCCUACUUCACCAUCCUGGGCCUCCCAGCCAUGCUGCAGGCGGUACGGGCUCUGAUGGUCGUGGGCAUCGUCCUCGGUGCCUUUGGCAUCCUGGUGUCCAUCUUCGCCCUGAAAUGCAUUCGUAUUGGCAGCAUGGAGGACUCUGCCAAGGCCAACAUGACGCUGACCUCCGGAGUCAUAUUCAUCAUCUCAGGUCUGUGUGCAAUUGUUGGAGUGUCCGUGUUCGCCAACAUGCUCGUCACUAACUUCUGGAUGUCCACAGCUAAUAUGUACAGUGGCAUGGGUGGGAUGGUGCAGACAGUUCAGACCAGGUACACCUUUGGUGCAGCUUUGUUCGUGGGCUGGGUGGCUGGAGGCCUCACCCUAAUUGGAGGUGUCAUGAUGUGCAUCGCCUGCCGGGGCCUGGCCCCUAAUGAAACCAACUACAAAGCCGUAUCUUACCACGCCUCGGGCCACAACGUGGCCUACAAGCCAGGAGGCUUCAAGGCCAGCACUGCCUUUGGAUCCAACACCAGAAACAAGAAGAUUUAUGAUGGGGGUGCCCACGGAGAGGAUGAGGUACAAUCUCAUCCUUCCAAGUACGACUACGUGUAAUGCUCCAAGACCUCCCGGCACGGGCAGAGGAAGCCCCCAAAGAGAGCACAUCCAAAACAUAAGGAGAUUCCACCUUGAGUCUUUGUUGCUUUGACUCCCAGCUGGACGUUAGGAACACACUCAUUUCACCUGUAAGGAAGACCACAUGGUCUUGGCCACACUUGUGUCUCUCUCUCAACAUUCCAUCCCCAAACGGCUGAGUCCCCAUGCGUGAAUGAGAGGCAGUAGUUCACAUUUUCCAUCCUCUACUCCCUUCUUUGUAACCUUUCCUACCUGAUGAUAGUAGGUUGUCUGCAGCCCUAUCUGACACCAUGCUGAUUGACACAAGCUCCCCCACUUCCAUCUUUCCAUUCAAUAAGCCCAUUGCUGAUCUAUUUCCCAGCUCAUCCUCAAGAAAAAAAAAAUUGAAAGGAAAAGAAGAAAGUAAACCAAAAGGCAUCAUUUUCUGCUGUUUGAUGGUUGCCACCCCCAUUCCCAACUGGGUUACUAAUAAACACUACUUGAAGAGGAGGAGAUAGGGGAAGGAUAUCUAUAGUAUCUCCAGCCCCUCCUCGGGUGUUCGUACUCUGUGAUCUCAAUGGGUGCCAGGCCAAAGUGAUUCUCAGGUGGAGGUAGCCAGCCCCUUCUGCUACUCCCAGCAAGGCCAUCCCGGGGGUGUCCUGAGCUCUCCACCAACGUCCUCUUUCGGCACAGGGCAGAAAUUGUCCCUACAGAAGGGAGAAAAUUAGCUGUUCUGGUUAUCUAAGUCCUAGAACAUAGUUAGAAUAGUAAUACAUUAAAAAUAAAAUAGUCUCACCUUUGCACAUUGAUAAAGGAAAAUGAAAAAAAUGAGUUAUUUGAUAUUGUCUAUGUUGUUCCUUAAGUCACACCCCUAAGUCUGAAUUUCAUGAAAAGCUCUUUGAUCCUAAUUCUUCUCCUACGAGGUGUCCAUGACUCUGAUUACACAUAAUAAAAAGUGUAACUCAUGUAAAAAAAAUGAAACACAGCAAACCCUAGAGAGUAGGUUAGAAUCAGUUCUUCAAAAGCAAAACAAAACAAAGAAGGUGAGCAUGAGUUUAAUGGUGUGUUUCCAUGUGACUCAUGCCCACACAUGCAUGGCCACAUGUGCUGCCAGUUGAGCUUACCGGGUAGAGCUUACUGGGUGCUGUGGUCAUUUGUGUUAUUCCAAGAGUUGUUCCCUUCACUUAAUUCAUGUUGAGUGGUCUGCCUGUUGGAUGCCCAGGCAGAAUCGAAAGCCUUUGCAGCCACACGCCUUCCCUGUGCUCACGUCCCUGACCUUUUGAGCAGAAAGACUAAAGCCUUUUUUCCAGGGCUCCCAGAAUUCCAUCUCGGCACCAAAGCCCCUAGGAAACCUAGGGAAGGGCAGUCUCUAAAAAGUACCAAAUCAAGAGCAGCAUUGGUGCCUGGGGGGGACCUGGUCAUUGGGUUAUUAUUUGGGGGAAAAUGUCCUUACAUCAAAUGGUACACAUGAAAGUGCCCUCCAAGGGGACUGGUGAAUACUCAUGGGGUCUCCAGGCCGAGUAUCGUGUGUCUGGGGUAAGACCAGAUCAUAGCCCAUAGUAAUGAGUUGUGUGCAGCAAGAGCAAGAGCAGUAAAGCCAUUAUCCCUUCUCACCGAGACAACCAUAUCAGAGACAGCACUCACAGAAUCAUUGCCUGUAAAAGACGAACAAGGAAAUCAACUCAAGAAAAAAAGUGGGUGGGGAGGAAUGGGCAAUCUAUGGCAGGGAGAUUGUUGAGGGCUCUCAGGAUUUGAAUUAAAGGUCAUCCCUUUGGCUUGAAGGUCACUGGGCACAAUGAGCUCUCCCUUCUAGCACCACAAAGUUCCCAGUCAAGUCUGAAGCCCUAAGUUGUUACUCAGCUGGGUUUUUAGUUAACACAUUCUCUAUCAAACACUGAAGUGUCUGACAGCCUCUUUAUGAUUAGAUUGUGCUUUGGAGUUUCUUGGUUUUGCUCUUAUUUUAUAUGCAUUGAGUGUUGAGCUGCAUGUUUUGUUACCUAAAUAUUAAAAACACUGUUAUCUUCCAUUUGAA